UUGAUAGCUUCAGGCUUUUGCUUUAUUUACUGAAAAAGUGUUUUGAUAAAUUAUUGCUUUUAAGUAUUAAAUGUUUGUAAAAAAGUUAUUUCAUUUAAUUUGUUAAACAAAUUACAGUGUACAUAAUUUGUAAAUGUGAAAAUAUAUCGCAAUUUCGUAUUAUUACUCGGGAAAAAAAAAAUAAAUAUUAUUUGUGGAAACAAACAACUCUAGCAAAUAAGUUCUUUACAGAAUGGAAGACAUUGAAUAUUUAGAAGAAUAUGAAGAUUUCAUAUUACCUAAAACACUUAACUACUCAGAAGAAUUUCCUGUAAAUACAAUUGAAGGAGAUUUAUUAAAUGAACCAUGCAACAAUUUUGAAACUGACAUACCAGCGGAUGGUCUAGCAUGCAACGAUAACAUGUCACAUUGUUCGCCUUUGACAAACCCUAAAACAACAAAAAACAACUUGAUUAAAAUUAUUAACUCUGAAGUACUAAGAGCACCUGCACAAGUUGACAAUUUUAACAAAGGACCAUCCUCAGCCACUUCAAUUACACAACAUCCACAAUAUAGAUAUGAAAGACAAAAUGCAUCAUUUCUUGAUCGUAUAACACAAAACUCUACUUUACAGAGGCUAGAUAAAUAUAAGAGUGUUGCUACUGUUAAACCAACUCUUCAGCAGACUAAAACAUUUAAAUUGUCUUCAAUAAGUCCUCCCUUUGUCCCAACUGAUGCUAAAUUUCAAACUAUAUCAAAUUUGGAUUGUAUCUCGAAGCUCGAUGGCAAUGUUUCUAAUAAAGUUAUAGAAGAUGAUUCAUUUCUUGACUACGCUGUUGAAAAACAUGCAGUUGAUGAUUUCUCAAUGGAAUUUAACUUGGAUACGGCGGAAAUAUCUGAUAUUUGUUCGGAUUCAUUGAAUUUUUCAGAUGACUACAAUGAGGAUAUUUUUGGUUUGGAGACACUUUUGUCAUCUGAAGACACUAAAAAACAGAAAUGUAAGAGAAAAAAUAUGAAUGACACUGUAUCAAAAGCGGAGUAUAAGAAAUUUAAAUAUGGCAGUAGUUUCAAUUCAUCCAAGGAAGUACAAAAAUCAGGUAAACAUAAAUCGGCUGAUAACUUCACCAGUAAAUCUUCAAUAAAUCAGAAGCAGCUAAAAGGCAAUCCCACAAAUGUUGAGAAAAAGAAAAGUCAAUUGUCAUUUGAAAAGAAAAAAAUUAGCUCAAGUGGGAAGCUAGUUGUUAAAAAAAACGGCAAGAAGUUUCUAUUUCCAGAUAGAUCUAAAUUCUCACUUAAAAAAAUGACUAGUUCAACUAAUCACGAAGAUGAAACUCAAAGUUCUUUAACAACUAAAAUAAUUGAUGCUGUUCCGCAAGUUAAAACCAUUCUUAAUACAGGAGAAACAAAUAUGAGCCAAGUCAAUAAUUCAUGUACUUUUAAAAACAACAAUCAACAGAAGAGUCCUAUUGAAAAAUCGACAAAUAUAAAGUCGCCAAAAAAUCCUGACACGGAAUUACUGAAAGGAAAAGAUAAAGUUAUAUUUUCAAGUCCGAAAAAUAUGAAGAGAAUCGAUUCAGAAACACCCAUUCAUCAUCAUCAAAGCCAAACAACGCCUAUCAAGAGCACCGGUAUAUCAUUUGGACAUUUUAGUCUAAAGUCAAUUAAGCCACCUAGCAAUCUCAAAGUAAAAGAAAUACCUCUAAAACCGCCAUUAGCUCUGCCGAAUUCUGAAAGUAACGUCACUAAAAAUCAAUUUGAGGACAAAGUAAAUAAAAGAUUGAUUGAACCGGCAAAAUGCGUAAGCAAUCCAGAGAAAAAUAUUGCUGUUGUUUUACAAGAAAAUCCACAUCCAACAAAUGACCUUUCAUCAAAAGGUAGCACUGAGAAAGAAACUUGUGAACAUAAUGAGCCGGUCUCAAGUUCCAAUAACAAAGAUAAACUUUUAAAAACCUCGGAAAAUAUUUUAGAUAGUUCAUAUAGUAAAAAAGAUACUUCUUUAGAAAAAGUUGUAAGUCAAAAAAUAUCAAAUGACAAAAAUGGAAACACGAAUGUUGAAAAUAUAAACGAGCGAAACCUAAGAGAAAAAUGCCUUGAAAAUUUUGGUAGUAAAACUAACGUUACACACCAAAUAGUAAAUGAAACUUUUCAUUGGCUUGAUACUAGUUUGAAAUAUUGCUCAAAUGGAAAUAAACUUGACGCAGAAACUAGUACAACUAAAGACAUAGCUCUGGAAACGCAGUCCAAGGAUUUAGAUAGUGCACUUGUUACAAAGGAAAAUUCUCUAGACAACAAUGUACAAAUAACACCCAAAAAAGUUACCGAAAUUCUAAAUUCUAAUAACGCAAUUGAAACAUUUUUUUCAACGGAAAAUAAUCAUAAAGAAAAGAACUGUUUAAAAACAAAUGUGCCUGAGAAAAAGAAUUUGGUACAAGAAGCAAAGAAUCUCUUAGAUUGUAAUCUAAGUACCAAAGACAGUUCUAUAUCAGCAGAAAGAACUGGAAGCAAAAGUCCAACCAAACAUCAUGAACGGAAAUAUGGUAAACAAUCUAAUAGAGAUCGCGUGACGGAAAAAUGCUUAGAAAACAUAAAUAAGUUUCUGUUGAAUUCAAGUGGUCCCAAAAUUCCACAAAAUACAGAAAUGGUAAAUAACGAAAAACCACAACAGGAACAUUUAUUUGAGCAGCGUGGUUUUGACAUUAGACUGAGUAAAAAUAUUGUUGCAAAACUGUUGAAAUCCGCUAAAACCUGCUUAAAUCUGGAACCACCUAAAUUAUUGGAUGAAUCAAAAAAAGUUUCUACCAAAUCAGAUGUUUUGAUCACGGGAACUACUAUUCCUGAUUCUACACUAAAAACUUCACAACGGCUUUCUACAGAUUCAGCUGAUAACACAGCGAUAAAAACCAAAGGAAAGAGAGGAAGGAAGAAAAAAGCCACCCACGUAAACACAUUAGAUCAAAGUAAUAUAAAGCCCCCUCCUUUGGUGCCCGAUUCUACAGAAAAUAUCAGUUCAAAAACAUCGUGCCUAUCCGAUCACAUAACUUGUGAAAAACAAAGUGUACAAAACGUAUCAAGUGGCUUGGACAACGAUAGAAUACCUUCUUUGAGAACGGAAAACCUGACAAAGGAUGAUCCAAAAGUAUAUCAAAAUAUUGAAGUAACUUCUAAUAGAAAAGAACAGAACAGUGUUCAAAAGUCGCCUUGCAAUGUUUCCAAUCAACCGAAAGUGUCGCCAUUACCAACCUCUGCAGAGAACACGAAUAUUGAAAAUAACAAAGAAGAAAGUUCACCCACAAAUAAAAAUACUAGAUUACUUAAACCAAAGGACAAAAGCCAAUCUAAACAAAGCGAGGUCACUGAAAUUGUAAAAGAAAAGGAACUUUGUUUAAGAAAAGAUUGCACGUCAGAGUCAAAUCCAGUAGCACUUGCAGAAAAUUGUAUAUCGUUUCAAAAUCCAGCCCCACAAAAAAGUACAAAAGCCCCUUGCGAUGUUGAAAUUGUGGAACCAAAGAAAGAAAAUAAUGAUGACACUGGUGUUCUACAAUUCAGGCCACCGACAAAUCUUUUAUCAAAUGAUUCUUUUCUGAAUAAAAUUAAAUUAAAUGUCAGCCCUGAAAUAAAUAUCACAGAUUCAAAUGGCUUCACAAGUUCAACAAACUCAUUCGGACCCGACCAAAAUAAUCCGAAGUUUAAAAUUUUUGAGCUUCCGGCAUUUAUUGUGAUGAAAACUAAAAUUAUAACCAGAAAAGAUUUGGAAAUUAACAAAACAUUUGUACCUCCGGUUAUUAAGCAAGAUACCGAAUCUGAGAGUGGAGUACAAGAGUCCGUUGUAAAAAACGAACGUCCCGAGUUUAGUUCUGUUUGUGCGCGAAUAAAUUCGCUUCUUGAACAGAAUGCAAAUUACUUAAAAUUUGCCUCCGGGUCUGAGAGAUUAACUCGAAUGAAUGAUGUUCUGGGUGAUUAUUCAUUGUCUUUGGAAGAUGCUAAUUGCACUUUGAAGUUUUUGCAAUCAUAUUUGUCCUCUGGGCCAAGGGACAAAGCAAUUAAAACAAGAGGCCAGCAAUUCAUACCUAUUUACGAUAGUCAAAAAAAGAUAAUCGGAUAUAGAAAAAGAACAAUACAUGUCAAGCCUUUAUCUUCCCGAAGAAGUUCUAGAAGAACUGCAAAGGUAACUGCUCAGUCCGCAAUGUCAGUUACAACAGUAAAUCUCAAUCGAAAUUCUGACACAGAACUCCCACCGAAAAUUGAACCGGAAUUGGAUGUCGGUGAAAGCGAGCUCAUAGUUCCAGAUACAUCACCUGCCAAUGACGUUUGUAUUAAAAAUGAAGAAGAUAAAUAAAAAACUCUGCAUUAGUUCAUAAUAUUUGUUUAUACAAAAAAAAACGUUAAGUUAGUUAUAUAUUUUAAUUAUUAUAUAAACUCUAUUUUUUAAACUAUA